ACAUCUUCCACGGAGCCAAGUUCUCAAAGCAGCGAGAAGCCCCGCUACGAGAUCGGGCCCAUUUUAGAAAUGGUUAUGGGCGAUUUCUGCGUCGAGACGGCGGACAGAAGCGCCCUCGCCGAUGAGUGCAUGAGACUUUAUUCUGAGCUCGCCACUGAGAAGAUCCGGAUUCGCAUUCUCGACGAUAUCGCCAUGAAAUCGUUCACUGCGAGUAAUGAGAUCCAGCGGCGGAGCCUCGGCCAGGCGGAGACCAUGGACAAACUCGCCGGACUGAUCCUGAACCUCACGGUUAGGACGGACAAACUAGAGGCCGAGCUGUCACAGGAGAAGGCUCUCAACUCCGAGCUGAAGCGUCAAGCAGGCUCAAGGUAGAUCUUGACCAGGUCACUGUGUACCACUAGCUGCAAUCCUUGAUGACUGCUGUGUCACCUGGCUUCCGAGUUUCUGAAGAUUAAUUUUCGAAAUUUUGUUCGUAAAAUUGGCCUGUGGAAAUGUAAACAAACUAGUACUCUUACUUUA